CCUGUCCAUUUUCAAGAUCAAGCCGUUAUAUACGAAUUCGGAACAUUUUCCUCCUUCGAUUCACACUGAUUUCGGAUUCUUUUAAAUUAACAUUCGAGCGAGUUCUAAUACAAAAAGAAGAUAAACAAAUUAACAUAUUUAAUUGUUACUUUUAUUUUUAAUUAAAAGAUAAUAUUUUCAAUUAAUUAAAAUGUCAUCCCGAAUGCAAGGUCUAACUCUCCAAGGACUGCGAAAGCAUCCAUCUUUAAUUCCCCUAUUCGUUUGUUUGGGUAUUGGAAGUUCGGUCGCUGCUUUUUGUACACUAAGAGCCGCUUUAACAAAUCCGGAUAUAACGUGGAGCAAUAAAAACAAUCCAGAACCGUGGAAUGAAUACAGUGAUAAAGGGUAUAAGAAGUUAGUUACCGUGGACGACAAGGCUCCGUUUAACACAAGAAAUUCGUCAAUUUUUGAUAUAGCGAAAAGAUAAGCAUACACAUAAAAAUAUAUAAGCCAGAGAUGAAAUAUCUCGGAUAAAGUUAAGUUAUCUUUAUUUCAUUAUUUUUAAAUUUGUGGUAAUUACUAAAUUAAGUAACACUGCUAUUCGGUACUUAUUUAUUGACGAUCUCUUAAUCAUAUUUUAUUUGAAUAUUAUUAAAAUAUAUUUAUAGUAGUUUUAAAUUACAAAAAUUUGUGAUGAAUUGAAAUAAGUUUCAAAAG